AGCUAAAAGCACCUUUGGAUUCCAUGGAGGAGGAAAAGAAAAGGAAGAGUGAAUUAAAACAACAGCAGGAGGGGAAGAUUUCAGAACUGGAUGAACUCUCUGUGUCGCUGGAACAAGACAUCUCCACCCAGUUCGCUAAAAUCCGCCAAUAUCUUGAUGAGAAAGAGAAACAUUUAAUGGAAAGGCUGAGGAAACAAAAGCAGGUGGAUCUGCGACUGAUGGAAGAAAAUAUGAAAAAAAUCGAAGUGGAAGUCGUGUCACUUGACGAAAAGAUAGGGAACCUUCGUGUAGACAUUGAGCAGCAAGAUGGAAUCGCUUUUCUCAAGGAACUACAACGUUUGAGAGAAAGGUACCUGGACAAAGGGGAGGAAGGAGAAAAUGGAGAAGAAGAUUCACAAAGCCGUGAAGAUGAAAAAAUACUGACACUUCCAAGAAGGAAGUAUUUGGACUUCCAAGGCCCGUUACUCUACAUAACGUGGAAGCAAAUGAAACAGAUCAUCUCUCCAGUUCCAGCCUCACUGACCCUGGAUCCAAACACAGCACAUUGUAAGCUCUUCCUGUCGAAAGAUCUGACCAGAGUGAGAACCAGUGACAGCAUGGUAGAGCUUCCUAACAAUCCGCAGAGAUUUGACGCAAUUCCAUGUGUGCUGGGAUCACAGGGGUUCACGUCAGGGAAACACUACUGGGAGGUGGAGGUGGGGAACAAGACUGAUUGGGUAUUGGGUGUGGCUGGAGAAUCAUCCAAUAGGAAAGGAAACUUGUCCCUCGGACCGGAAUACGGUUACUGGACUGUGUGGCUUAACAGUCGAAAAAAAUAUAUAGCUACUGAUCGCAUGUUUGUCCAACUGACUCCGAGUGUGAAGCCUGGGACCAUUGGAGUUUACUUGGACUAUGAAGGAGGACAGGUGAGCUUUUACAAUGCUGACAAUAUGUCCAUUCUCUACAUGUUCACUGACACAUUCACUGAGAAACUCUUUCCUUUCUUCUGUCCUGGAUUGUGUGAGGGUACAAGUUGUGCUCCUCUUGUACUGCGUCAUAUUGAACUGUAGAAGUAAAUUAUAGAUAGGCUCAAAGUGUGGGGAGAAUGUGACCACAGCUGGGUGAAUAUUCCACAUAUCACAAGUAACUAUUGAGGUUCAUCUAGAAACAGCACCAAGAAAAGGAACAAAAACCAAGAACAUUGGCUUUGCAGCCCUGACGUGUUAGAGUAUGAGGUCUAAAACAAGCAAAGAAACCUUCCAUUACCACCUAUGUCCAUCCCAUAGCUGCCAAAUUAGUAUUCUUCUAUGCUAAACAUUGCUUUGGUGGCAAGUGUACAGUAUACACUCUGGAUGAGGAACUUCAAUGCCAAUCACCUACAGCUCAGCAGCACCACUCUUGACCUGUGCUGACUAUACCCUGAAGGACUAUCUGCAGGUGCGGCUGUUGCAGAUGUAUCUGUUCAUAAAAUAGUUGUUUUGACGGCUGCACAGACCUAGUCUUUACAGUGAGAGUACUGCUCAUAGUUCUAUGGCACUACAACUAAACAUUCAGAACAAAUCUGGAAACUCAACGUUGUGGAUAGUUGAGGUGCUGUGGGCCAUCAGCAUCUGCAAAAUUGUAUUUGACCACAAUCUAUUACUUCAUGGGCAUAUGCUAGGAUAGGCUAAAGGCAUGUCGCAAAGUGAGGUUCUAGCCUAGUGAAGCUACAACAACAAAAGAAGCAGAAGUUGCCUGAAAAGCUCAGCAGGUCUGGCAGCAUCCAUGAAGAAAAAUCUGAGUUAACGUUUCGGUUCCAGUGACGCUUCAUCAGACCUGAAACAAUACUCAAUUUAUUGUUUAACAAUCAGACCGCUGUUUAAUUCUUUGGAAAUGUCAAGUAAUAAGAGUAAUUAAUUAAUUACCCUGAUAUAUUCUGAAUUGUAAUCAGUGCAGGACAUUAAUAAUAAUAAAAUAACUAACUUAUGUUCUA